AAUUCGACCACAACUCUCUUAUUUCGCGCUACUACGCUGACCCCUUUGCACCCCCUCCUCCCCCCACUCUUAGUGCUCUGUGGUUCAAGACAUCCCGAUCGCAGUUCGGACCCUGACUGUCCCAAGCGUGACUAAAGCAGCCACUCCUCCUUCCUUUCGCCUCUUGCGCUCUUGCCUUCCUCUUUUCCCCGCAUUCCCGCUCGAAAUUGAGGGUCUGAUCAUCCUCUCACGUUUCAUCUCGAGCGUUCGGCGCACCAGGUCGGAAAUCUAGAGGAAGAAAGUCCAGAGAUCGCCAACCCAGAUCCGAUCUCUUACCCAGACUCGUUCUCCUCUGUUGUCAGGAGUCGCCAAAGAGAAGCACAUGCAUGCUUGUUCUUCCUUGCGCCGCCGUCUGCUUCGUUCCUCGGCCAAUCUAACCCCAUCUGUGCCCGCAAGACUUCAUAAUCUAGGUCGUGCACAGAUCCCCCAGUCAUUGUAUCGGAAUCAAAGGCCUAUAACUUGGUCUCACUCACCGAGGGCUUACUCCACUUCUCCUCCAUCGCAUCAGUACGAACCGAGGAAGGCUUCAACCUUCUGGACGAUCACAUUCACCUUACUCCUGGUUGGUGCAGGAACCUGGCUAAAGGAUAAAUACUGGACAGUCAACGACGAACCUCUACCUUCUCCCGAUUUCUCGGAACAUCAUCAAGAAACAGAGUCACCUUUUCACGGUAUAAUCGACACGUUGAAGACCAUGCCUAUCGAAGCUCAGCCCGGAACCGUGGGGAACCUCACCCCUGAUCAGGAAGCGAAGCUCCAGGAAUUCUGGGUUUUGCUGCUCAAAGUCUGUGGCGUUGAAGGCCUCGAGCAGUUACAGCAACAGCAAACUAGCGAGGCGCCCUCUCCCAGCCCAGCUCAGGAGAAGAAGAAGCCUGCUAAGCGGCGAUUUGGCCUCUUCGGUAGAGGCGGCGACGAUGCUGAAGACGAUUCCGCGAGUUCCCAGUCGGCAAGCGAUAUCUCGUCCAGUUUGGCUUCCAUCAGCAUCGCCGAUGGCGACGACAAGUACGGACAAUCGAAGGAGUUUCAGCAGGCACUGGUUGACAUGAAGCCGGAAGAGAUCCGAGCAAGCCUUUGGAACAUGAUCAAGCAUGAUAACCCCGACUCGUUGCUACUGCGUUUCCUGCGAGCUCGGAAGUGGGACGUCAAGAAGGCACUGAUCAUGCUGAUCUCUACGCUCCGGUGGAGACUCCAGGAGGUUAAGCUGGACGAAGACAUCAUGAGGAAUGGCGAGCAUGGCGCAUUGAAGCAGAGUCAGAGCUCUGAUCCCGACGAGAAGAAGGCAGGCGAGGACUUCCUGCUGCAGUUCCGCAUGGGCAAGAGCUUCCUGCAUGGCGUUGACAAAUCCGGCCGGCCGAUUUGUGUUGUCAGAGUGCGCUUGCACAAAGCAGCGGAUCAAGGAGUGGAAGCUCUGGAUCGGUUCACUGUCUACACCAUUGAGACAGCUCGCAUGAUGCUUGCGCCUCCUGUCGAAACAGCUUGCGUCGUUUUCGAUAUGACCGACUUCUCGCUGGCUAAUAUGGACUAUCACCCAGUCAAAUACAUGAUUAAGUGCUUCGAAGCAAACUAUCCUGAGUGCUUGGGAGUGGUCCUCAUUCACAAGGCUCCUUGGAUCUUCUCAGGAAUCUGGAACAUCAUCAAGGGCUGGCUCGACCCCGUGGUCGCCUCGAAGAUCCAGUUCACCAAGAACGUCCAAGACUUGGAGAAGUUUAUUCCUAGGAACCAAAUCUGGAAAGAGCUUGAGGGUGACGAGAACUGGGCCUACAAGUAUGUUGAGGCUGAGCCCGAUGAGAAUAAGAACCAGGAAGACGCCGCCAAGCGGGACGCCAUGAUCGCUGAACGACAGCAAAUCGCCAAGGAACUGCAGGAGUCCACCAUUGCCUGGAUUGCAGCCAGCCAGAAGAAAGAUGGCUCAGCUAUCAAGGCUGCGACUGAGAAGAGGAACGGUCUUAUCGAGCGGUUGAGAGCCCAGUACUGGGAGCUCGACUCGUAUGUGCGGGCUACAUCCUUGUACGAUAGACUGAAUGUCAUCCAGGGAGGCGGCAAGAUUGACUUCUACUCGACUGAGAGCAAGACGAAGGGAAACGCGCUGUACGAGGGCUAAAGCCUCGAUUGAGCGGAAUAGCCUCCAUUAACAAGGCCUUUGUAUAAAUACAUUAUUGUUAGAUGUUACUUUCUUGUGAUGUGAUAGAUGAUUCUGCGGGUCCUAAUGAUGCC